AUGGCGUCGUCGCUCGCCGCGCAACUGUCGCAAGUUGCGGCCAAAGCAACCCAUCAGUUCGACCUGAAAGCCCAGCGAUCGGCCCACGCUCAAUCGUUGAUAUUCGAGAAGAAGAUUGCUAGCACACAGGAUUUUGAUACGAUAUACCAGCUGUACUAUGAAGGGUUUCAAGAACUAUGCGCCCUCGAUCCUCGCUUUCAGCCGUUCCAGCAGAAUCUUUUCAGUGAGCAGAGCAAAGUGGAAGACAGAAGCCAGAUGACGGCCGCGCAGAAUAAGGAGCUAGAUGUUGUCAUAGAAGAAUUCCUAGCCCUGGUUGGUGGCCGGCUGCUUCUCAAUCCGGCUGUGAAGGCUGUGGAUUGGCUUGUUCGUCGAUUUCGGGUACAUGAGCACAAUACCCGUGCUAUUAUUCUCACAUUUCUACCAUACCAUACCACGCCUUUAUUCCUCAACCUUCUAUCCAUCCUGCCGGAGAACCUGACGUCUACCUUUAAAGUCCUACAUCCAUAUAAGCGAAGCUUAAUUCUGCCUACACGAACCUCCCUUGUACACAGUGCGUCGACGAAUAAGGAGUUUUUCUCUGCCUUGAAUAGUUAUGUUAUGCAAGUCGGCAAAGCUCGAGCGCACUAUCAGGGCCUGACUUCUUUCUGGGCUGGUAUUAUGACGGAGGCUCUAUCUACAAUGCUAGACUCUGCGCAAUCAGGGAGAUUAGAAGUCGAACGCCGAAAUAAGGAGGAUGUUUUGAUUCGUAUUCUGCCAACACUUAGCACCGGCCUGUCAUUGAAAAAGGCUCCAGAGCUCGUCAUUGCUUGCUACAUGCUGUGUGUUGUCUUGGCCAACAAGGGGUCUCUCAGUGACCAUGCUAUCGAUAGCUUGAUGGAGGCCGUAGCAGGAUCUUGGACCCAAGAUACCAUUACCUCAGGAAUCACAUGUCUUGCAGUGAUUUUUCAACACAAGGAACAUCUAAAGCUCCCGAAGCCUGUUGUUAAGUCAAUUCUUCGCCUGGAAGAUGUGGCUGAUGUUUUUGCAGGUCUUGCAGCAUCUAAUUCAAUAGUCCACUUGCUUUCUGGCUUGAUGAAUGUUCUUAUGGAGAACGAUAAUGAGGAAGUUGCAGCUAAAUGUGUAUCUCUUGUUGGCCAGGUACUCCAGAGUGAUAUAAUGGGCGCCGAGGACAAGACACAGACAAUAGUAGCGCUCCUGAAGACAAUCGAUGAAUCUCAUCGUAAAGGUUUUAUGUCUGAGGAAGUACGCCAGCUGUCUUCAGAUACGCUUGCAGCCUUUGUUGAAUCUAAGGAACUUGAUAUUGUGCUUCAGAGAGCAAUCUCCGAAUCCAACGUCGAUAUUAAAACUUUAGAAAUAACCCUUCAGCUCGCCAUUGAUAACAACUUGGGAUCUGCUGAAACAGAAGACGUUGAAAUGGAGGACAUCCCUGAAAACAGCACCCAAGAUGAGGAGUUUGCAGCUGCAAUUGCAUCUCUUUCCCAACGACGAAGUCAACAACCCGAAAACUUCCUUGUCGAGUCCCCUUCACUUCUAUUCAGCGAACUAGUUGUUUGUUUCACUCAAGCAACAACAUCCGCGAACAAGCUGGGUCAAUUCCUCGGUUUACCAAUCCUUCGCAGAAAUACCAGAUUCAAGGACUUGACUUACUUCUCUUUCUUCGUGCGAUAUUUUUCCGGCCCUCAUCCACCUCUAGCGCGUACCAAGGCCAUCAAUAUUGUUACAGCGUCUAUUCUUGAAUCAAAUGGCAGAGCAAUUGAUUUGCAAGCGUUAAUUCCAUAUGCUAUAUCCGCUUUAUCCGAUCCUUCAACGCCCGUCAGAAGGGAAGCGGCUGCGCUCCUGACCUCCAUCGACAAUCAAUAUUUUAUCCCUGACAUCGAGGAAGCACCCUGGGGCCAGGGUAUAAUAUAUGGUGACAAUGAACAGUCAAAGGCUGUCCAGUGGCUGCCUGGGAAGGACAUCCAUACCUUGUUUGACAAAGGGUUUAUGCCUAGCUUGGAGGAGUGCAUCCUUGAUCCCUCACGAGUCUUUGAAACAUUCGUGCAGACUGUCAAAGGAACUUCGGAGGAUGGUUCAGGGCUGAGAAAAUCGGUUCGCCGAGAUUUCUUCUCUUUCAUCUGCUCACAUAUCAUAAAUACCCCUCUCUUUGCUACAAAACUCAGACUCCUGUCUAUUGUCAACCGAAUCAGCAAAAUUGGGUCAACUGCCCGUACUCAAUUCUUGUCUCCCAUACUUGAGCAAUGCAGAACAAUUGAUUCCGAGAAGAUAAAGCGUAUUAGUACGCAAGAGCACGUUUCGAUUCAGGAAUUGGAGCAACAAGUUCUAUCUAUUAUCUAUCCAAAAGAUACGACUGCAAUCUCUACCCUUCUCUCACUGUUGAAGGACACCCCUCAAUCUACAAGGGCUUCAUUCAUUGGGGCUGUUUUCGAACGCAUGAAAGAUAUCUGGCCAUUCUUAGAUGAGGAGAAAGAGCUAUUCGCAUCAGAGACUUUGCUCGAUAUGUGUCUUUCGACUAAGCCCCAAACUGGUGACUUGGCGAAUUCUAGCAAAGAACUUCUUCGGUCUGUGGACUUGUCAGGUCCAGUUAUCUCCAAAUUCCUCAGCACAGUAACUUCGGCCUCUUUCAAUAUUGAUUCUCAGUCACCUGCUCCGAAGAGACGGAGAAUGAGCCAGAGCAACAUGGCAGUCAUGAGCCCUGCCAGUCGGGAAGAAGCGAAUAUUCCUCUUCGGAGAAUUUCGUUUAUUCUCGAGCUAAUUGAUGCUUCUCAGCCCGAAAGAUUCCCCGAGCUUCUUGGUGGCCUAUUUCAAACUCUUGCCAUUGUUCACAAGUUAAAGCUCCAAGUUCGCUCAGAAAUGAGCUACCUUCUUAGCCUCAACCUUGGUGUCCUCCUAUCUGUUGUCAAUAAAUACAAGGGCUCACCAAAGAAACUCGAUACUUCUGUCAUUAGAGCCGACCUUAUUAUCGACUGUGUUCGCACAUCUGAGAGUCAGCAGGUUCAGAACACUGCUCUUCUGCUUGUUGCAGCCCUGGCGACGGUAGCUCCUGAAAUUGUUCUACACAGUGUUAUGCCCAUCUUUACCUUCAUGGGUUCAAGCGUCCUCCGAAAAGAUGAUGACUAUUCAGCCCUUGUUAUUGACCAGACCAUUGAUCAAGUUAUUCCUCCUCUGGUUCGCUCCCUCCGAGUCCAAAAGAGGGAUGUGGUUACAGGAACAUCUGAGCUACUAUUGUCUUUCACCACUGCAUAUGAACAUAUUCCCUCAUAUCGCCGCCUCAGGCUAUUUGAGUCUCUCGUGAACAAACUUGGGCAGGAGGACUUCCUCUUUGCUGUUCUGGCCAUGCUAGCCACCAAGUACGGCAUGGAUCGGGAUGUCCUGGUCACUAUGACUGCUCUUGCGUCUAAUGCGGAGGCUCAACUUCAGCUUACGCCAAAGCCAACCAUCUCCCGCAUUCUCCUUGGUAUUGGAAGUGAGGAUGGAAGAGAGCCCCAUAAAGUUGCCGUUGAUUUACUUCAGACGCUCUCUCAUCUGCUCAAAUUUACCUCCCUUGGUAAUAAGAUGGUUCAGUACUUCGAGUCUGACGAUACAGAAGAUGCCAAGAAGGUGCACAGUCUAUUUUCUGGUAUGCUGGAACGUCUCCUGGCCUUAGGCGAAUCUGUUCGUUCCAUUAGAGCCAUAAAUAUCGCCUGUGGUGAUGCUCUUGCUACUUUGCUAGGCACUCUAUCUCUUGUUGAUUUCAUUGACACGAUUGAGGUUCUACUGCAAAGGCCAAAGGAUGACCUCCGCAGACAAGUCCUCAGGCUACUUGAGAAUCGUCUUGACAAUAGCAACGAUAGAGAUACAGCAUCCCAAUCGAAGGCUCUCUCUUUCCUGUCUGUUCUUGUCGGAAUUGUCGAAACGUCUCCCGAUAUAUUAUUGAAACAUGCGGCUGUCGCCUGUAUGGAAAAGAUUUCAGAGAAGUACGGGAAGAAGAAUCCAGAAAAGGUCGUUGAGUCAGCGAUCGUGGUCGCCGGCGACAAGUGUAUGGGGCUCGCAGACAAUCGCAUCCGUAUCAUCGGUGCAUUGUGCCUUGCAUCUAUGACGGAGGUCAUUGCGGAUGCAAUAAUCCCUGUACUACCUACCGCACUCCCUCGCUCCUUGGAUCUACUACAAAGCAGUAUUCAGGCCAAGGAACAAAACCCAGAGCUACACGAUGCCAUAUACUCGCUACUUUCAGCACUAUUCGUUCACAUUCCUUACAUGAUCUCGUCAGAGGACUUGGACAAAGUUCUAUGCCUUUCUUCAAGCUCAGCCCACGCUAGCUUGUCGGAAGAUUGUAACAUCAAUCGACAAGAGGCCCUUCAGCUAUUGGCAAAACGUGUGGAUGCGAAGGAAGUAUAUAAUGCAGUUGAACGCAAUUGGGACUUCUCAGUAUCGAACGGGUCAAAGGCCGCCAAAGAAACCCUCGAGGUUGUCAAGCUAUCGAUUGAGAAACACUCUAAGUCGGAUACUAUCAAGAAUGUUCCUGCACUCUCGAGGUUGCUGUGGAAAGUAUUAGACUUCCGAAGAGCUCAACUCAGCUUACCCGCUAGCGAUAGAUUUGAGGGACACCAGGUUGAUGACAUAGAGUCUUCCAUCAACGACCUAACGAUUAAAAUGAUAUAUAAACUGAAUGAUACCAUAUUCCGUCCGCUCUUCACGCAACUCACUGAGUGGGCUACAGCGGAGCUAGACAAGUCUGAUUUGCCUGGCAGACAAGCAAGACUGACGACAUUCUACAAGUUUCUUGAAACUUUCUUUGGUACCCUCAAGUCCAUCGUUACCGGUUAUUCCAGCUAUAUCAUUGAAAACGUUGUCGACAUACUGAAGAACGUCCGACCGAAUGUAAAAGAAAAUCAGACCUUAUGGACAGCUGUAAUGCGAACACUCCGGAACUCAUUCGAGCAUGACCAGGAUGAAUUCUGGCAAUCACCUAGUCACCUCAGCUCAAUUUCCAGUCACCUUAUCAGCCAACUCUCCAUUGCCAACAGCAAAGCAUCCUUCAAGUUGGUUACAGCCGAAGCAACCCCAGCUAUUGUCGCUCUCGCGAUUGCAGCGGAUUCCCCUGAUAACCAAAAGGAAUUGAACACUCAUAUUAUGAAAUAUAUGCGUGCUAGUGGUGGCAAUGCUGAUUCUUGCAAAGGAGUAAACCCAUUUACUCGGCUUGCGGCGGUCAAGUGCGAGCAAAGCCUGACUGAAGAGCUCGGCGAAGAGUGGCUUGCUUUGCUACCUGAAAUGCUACCCUUUAUCAGCGAAUUGAUGGAGGAUGAUGAUGAAAAUGUCGAGAAAGAGGUCAGGAAAUGGGUUCUCAUGAUCGAAGAUAUCCUAGGAGAGAAGUUGGAUGAUAUGCUUGCAUAA